CCGUUAAAUCUCCGCCCUUCCUGCCUUAUCACACCCACGCCUCCCCUCUAUCCCUUCCUCUCUCUCGCCAUUUCUUUCUAGUGGAUGAGAGCUUCAUUUCAGAAACCUCUUUAAUGGUUAAGCCCUCUACCAGCAUCCAUUAUUUGAAAGACGCCCUUUACCCUUCCUUCUUGCAGCUUUUUAGUCUUUUUUCUUAGAAUUGUUUUCCGCAUAUACAUAUAUAAUUUUGUCUGGUGCAAGUAUUACUGGUUCGAGCCAUAUAUACAGUGCAAUAAAGACCCUCUUUCUCUCUCUUCUUUAAUUCUUAAAGCUCCGGAGCUCUUCUGAGUUCAGCUAUCUGGUAUACUUGAAGAGAUUCCUGCUUAUUUAACCAAGCAAAAGGCUGAAAAUGGCACCUAGGAACAAUCGUGGAAAGGCUAGAGGAGAGAAGAGGAAGAAGGACGAGAAGGUUCUUCCUGUGGUUACUGAUAUCACCAUAAACCUUCCUGACGAAACUCAUGUUGUUUUGAAGGGAAUAUCAACAGACAGAAUCAUAGAUGUUCGUCGACUUUUAUCGGUGAACACUGAAACGUGCCACAUCACAAAUUUUUCGUUGUCGCAUGAGGUUAGAGGAGCGCGGUUAAAAGACACGGUCGACGUGUCAGCACUCAAGCCUUGCGUUCUCACUUUAACCAAUGAGGACCUCGAUGAGGAGCUUGCAGUGGCGCACGUUAGACGACUCCUGGACAUUGUGGCAUGCACAACGUGCUUCGGUCCAUCGGCGAGUGCGCAUGAUAAGAUCAAGUCCGAUAUCGGAAAGAAUGCGCCGGCUGCGCAGGAUAAUAAGACUUCUAAGAAAACCACCGCUAAAUCUCCAUCCUCCUCCACCAACACCACCACGAAUAAACAAUCAUCGUCACCAAAAUCAGCAUCAAAAGAUGUUCCGGUGGAUGCAGAAGAAGAAAUGAGCCACUCGUGCCCCAAGCUUGGGAGCUUUUACGAGUUCUUCUCUCUCUCGCAUCUCAGUCCUCCUCUUCAAUUUAUAAGGAAGGCAACGAAAAGACGGAUUGAUGAGAUCUCCGUGGAUGAUCAUCUUUUCUCUCUUGACGUGAAGCUAUGCAAUGGGAAGCUGGUUCAAGUUGAAGCUUGCAAAAAGGGAUUUUAUGGUGUUGGAAAGCAGAGGAUUUUAUGUAACAAUCUUGUUGAUUUGCUAAGGCAGCUUAGUCGAGCUUUUGAUAAUGCUUACGAUGAGCUCAUGAAAGCAUUUGCAGAGCGUAACAAGUUCGGGAAUCUUCCAUAUGGUUUUAGAGCAAACACGUGGCUUAUCCCUCCCGUAGCAGCACAGCUGCCAUCAGUUUGUCCUCCUCUUCCUGUUGAGGAUGAAACAUGGGGAGGAACUGGAGGUGGUCUUGGAAGAGAUGGGAAAAAGGAUUACAUACCUUGGGCCGACGAGUUUUUGUUUGUCGCAUCUAUGCCUUGCAAGACAGCUGAGGAGAGGCAGAUUCGGGACAGGAAAGCCUUCCUGCUUCACAGCCUUUUUGUCGAUGUUGCCAUUUUCAGAGCCAUUAAAACUGUGCAACAUGUAAAAUUAAAGCCAAAUUUAUUGGGUUCGGUUGCAAACAGUAAUAUUCCUUACACAGAGAGAGAUGGGGAUUUAAGCAUCAAAGUUAUGAAAGAUGCUACCAAUGCAAGCUCUAAAGUAGACACUAAAAUUGAUGGGAUUCAAGCAAAUGGAACUGAUAAGAAAAAUUCAGUAGAGAGGAACCUUCUGAAAGGGAUCACAGCUGAUGAGAACACUGCUGCUCAUGACAUUGCAACACUUGGUACUGUUAAUGUAAGAUACUGUGGUUUCAUUGCUAUUGUAAAAGCUGAGGCGAGGGAGGAAAAGAAAGCCAGUCCUCCAUCCAAAAGUAUUGACCUUGAACAGCCUGAAGGUGGUGCAAAUGCCCUUAACAUCAACAGCUUGAGACUACUACUUCACAAACCAACACCUUCAGAACACACUAAGCGGACACCAAAUUUGCAAACUUUAGAGUUUGAAGAGCUCAAUGCUUCCGAAGCAUUUGUAGAGAGAUUACUGGAAGAAAGUCUUACCAGGCUUGAAGAAGAGGUACUGAAGCAGGAUCAUUUGGUGAGAUGGGAACUUGGAGCCUGCUGGAUACAGCAUUUGCAAGACCAGAAAAAUACUGAAAAAGAUAAGAAAUCAUCCACUGAGAAGGGCAAGAAGCCUUCCACAGAAACAGAACUGAAGGUUGAGGGACUUGGGACCCCUCUUAAGUCCCUUAAGAACAAGAAAAAAUCAGAUGAAAGCAGUGUAAAAAUGCAGCCGGAGAAUUCAAGACCUGCCUCUGAUGGUUUAAGUGGGGCAGUUGAAGAUGCUACACUGGCAUCUGUGGAAUCUCACCUUGAAACUGAGGCUAAAGAGAAUGAGCUUGCACUGCAGCAGUUGUUGUCCGAUGCAGCCUUUGCUCGACUAAAAGAAUCAGACACUGGACUUCAUUGCAAGUCUCUGCAACAGCUAAUUGACUUGUCUCAGAAAUAUUACACUGAAGUUGCUCUUCCUAAACUGGUAGCAGAUUUUGGUUCUUUGGAGCUUUCACCCGUUGAUGGUCGGACUCUAACUGAUUUUAUGCAUACCAGAGGUCUUCAGAUGCGCUCUCUUGGGCGUGUUGUAAAGCUUUCUGAAAAGCUGUUGCAUGUACAGUCACUCUGCAUUCAUGAGAUGAUAGUACGAGCUUUUAAGCAUAUACUUCAGGCUGUGAUUGCUGCUGUUGUGGACCAAGAGAAAAUGGCUGUAUCAAUAGCUGCUGCAUUAAAUCUGAUGCUCGGGAUUCCUGAAACCAGAGAUUCAAUCAAGUCUUGCCAUGUCCACCCUCUUGUAUGGAGAUGGCUGGAGGUAUUUUUGAAGAAGCGGUAUGAAUGGGAUCUUAGCAGCUUAAACUUCAAAGAUGUGAGGAAAUUUGCAAUCUUGCGAGGGUUGUGCCACAAGGUGGGCAUUGAGUUGGUUCCGAGGGAUUUUGAUAUGGAUUCUCCACAUCCAUUCAGAAAAUCAGAUGUUGUCAGUCUGGUUCCACUACAUAAGCAAGCAGCAUGCUCCUCUGCAGAUGGAAGGCAACUCCUGGAAUCAUCAAAAACAGCCUUGGACAAGGGAAAACUUGAAGAUGCAGUCACCUAUGGGACAAAGGCUCUUGCAAAGCUAGUGGCAGUUUGUGGUCCCUACCAUCGAAUGACUGCAGGAGCAUACAGCCUUCUUGCUGUAGUAUUAUAUCACACUGGAGACUUCAAUCAGGCCACUAUAUAUCAGCAAAAAGCCUUGGAUAUUAAUGAAAGGGAACUAGGACUUGAUCAUCCAGACACAAUGAAAAGCUAUGGGGAUCUUGCUGUGUUCUAUUACAGACUUCAACAUACAGAGCUGGCUCUCAAGUAUGUAAAGCGUGCUUUGUAUCUCUUACAUCUCACAUGCGGUCCAUCACACCCAAACACUGCUGCAACAUACAUCAAUGUGGCUAUGAUGGAGGAAGGUCUGGGGAAUGUGCAUGUCGCCCUCAGAUAUCUUCAUAAAGCUCUAAAAUGCAACCAAAAGUUACUUGGACCAGACCAUAUUCAGACUGCUGCAAGCUACCAUGCAAUAGCAAUUGCACUCUCAUUGAUGGAAGCAUAUCCUUUGAGUGUUCAACAUGAACAAACAACCUUGCAAAUUCUCCGAGCAAAGCUGGGUCCAGAUGAUUUACGCACUCAGGAUGCUGCUGCUUGGCUUGAGUAUUUUGAAUCCAAGGCUUUUGAACAGCAAGAAGCUGUGCGAAAUGGUACUAAGAAGCCUGAUGCAUCAAUUGCUAGCAAAGGCCACCUUAGUGUGUCAGAUUUGCUGGACUAUAUUAAUCCAAGUCGUGAUGCUAAGGUGAGAGAUGUUGUUGCUGGAAAGAGAAAGAGCUAUAUCACAAAGGUAAAGGAUAAAACCCAGCCAAAUGUCAGUACGGAAAGUUCCGAUGAAUCUACAAAAGAUGCUCUUAAAGAUGCUUCAGAUGUGAAGAUACCAGUGCCUGAAGAUGAUGCUUCCCAAGAGACCAGCUCUGCCCAAGUUCAACUCCAGACACCUGCUGUGGAAGAGAAUGUGGAAAAAAAACCAAGCAUCUGGACUGAAGCCUUGCUUGAAACUCAUGCUGAAGGAGAUGAUGGAUGGCAACCAGUUCAAAGGCCAAGAUCAGCUGGCUUGUAUGGGCGACGUCUAAAGCAGCGGUGGGGGAUUGUUGGAAAAGUUUAUAGUUAUCACAAAAAGAUUGUGGAUGCUAACAUGGAUUAUGCUCCUGUCAAGAAUGCUCACCAGAAUAGUAAGUAUUACCUUUUAAAGAAACGAGCACCAUCUCAUGGAAGUUAUGGAGACCACCAAACCACCAAUCUCCCUCCAGGUGCCAAAUUUGGGAGGAGAAUGGUUAAAGCUGUAACCUACAGGGUCAAGUCUGUUCCUUCAUCUUAUAAAACUUCUACAACAGAGAAUACCAGGAUUGGCAGCAAGGCUCUUACUUCAUCAGAAUCGGCUCGAGUUUCUUCCCCUAAUGACAUUCGUCCAUCAAAGAAUUCAAUAGCGAGUCUUGGAAAAUCUCUUUCAUACAAGGAAGUAGCAUUGGCACCACCAGGUACCAUUGCUAAGUUGCAGGCGUGGUUUCCCCAAACUGAUAAUUCAGAUAACCAGGAAAUUGGUGAUGGAAAACUUGAAGAGACAAAUGAAGCAAAAGCAAUUGUUGGUUCAGUAGUAAUGGGUGUGGAAGAAAGAAGUGGAGAGAAGGAUGAGAAUUCUGAAUCAGAUUACACGGAUGAUUUGAAGAAGGAAAUAGUUGGUGUUCAUAAAAUGGAAGAACAACACUCAACUCACGUGUUGGAAGAAAAUUCCUCCCUGAUGGUGUCUCAGAGUGUGCAAGGACAUGAAUCUGGUGAUAUUGAGGUUCAUGAAAUUAUACAGAAUGGAAUGUUGAUUGACCAGAUGCCAAAUUCAAUUGAUUCCCUUCCAAAGGAACCUCAUGAGAAGGAUUCAUCUAGUGAAUUUGAUCCACAAGUUGAUCUCAACUCCACUUUGCCUGGAGCAGAGGACUUGAAGGACAAACCAUUGAUUUUGAAUUCAGGCGAUGCUCAGGGAUUACCAAAUAAGAAAUUGUCUGCUUCUGCAGCUCCUUUCAACCCAUCAACAUCCAUUGGACGUGCUCCACCAGUUGCCAUCAACAUCCCUCUUCCUUCUGCUCCUGGUGCUGUUCCAGCUGUUGCACCUUGGCCUGUAAACAUGACUCUUCACCCUGGACCUGCAACUGUCAUACGCCCCAUUAAUCCAAUGUCCUCCCCACACCAUCCAUACCCAUACCCCUCACAACCACCAACCCCAAACAUGAUACAGCCAUUGCCCUUUAUGUAUCCUCCUUACAGUCAAGCAGUACCAACUAGUACAUUUCCUGUUACUAGCAGCGCCUUCCAUCCUAAUCAUUUCUCCUGGCAGUGCAAUGCGAGCCCCAAUAUGUCAGAGUUUAUUCCUACCACAGUAUGGCCUGGCUGCCUUGCAGUGGAGUUAUCUGUCCUGCCACCUGUUGUUGAGCCAAUUGCUGAUCCUCUAUUGGAGCCUAAAGCACAAUUUGAAAAUUCUGAAAGCCCAAGUCCACCUCCAAUUCUGUCAGUGGUCAUUGACAACAUAGGAGAAGCAAACGAAGAAGCAAACCUUCAAGCAUCAGACAUAAAUGACAAUGUGAAGGAAUUGACUGGGGCUGGGUUGGAAAAUAUAAAGGAAAAUGGCCAUUCAAAUCCAUCCUUCCUUCAAGCAUCAGACAGAAAUGACAAUGUGAAGGAAUUGACUGGGGCUGGGUUGGAAAAUAUAAAGGAAAAUGGUCAUUCAAAUCCAUCCAAAGCUGAAAUUUAUAGGAAUGAUUCGAGUCAGGAAAAAGGCUCACAAGAAAAUGUCACUAGCAGUAUUGACCAGCAGAUUAAUGAGGAGAAAACCUUCAGCAUUUUGUUAAGGGGAAAGAGAAACCGGAAGCAGACUCUGAGAAUGCCAAUGAGCUUGCUUAGUCGACCAUAUGGCUCACAGUCUUUUAAAGUUAUAUAUAACAGAGUGGUAAGAGGCAGUGAAUCUCCCAAAUCUACAAGCUUUGCUGCAGGUGAAGGUUGUACAACUAGUGCUACAUGAUCCUAGGUUCUGCUGUUCUUUCCAAUCAAGCGAUUCCAUAUAAGCAGGAUUGUGUGGAGAAAACUGGAAGAUAAUAUCUUUAUUGGAUCAUAUGCGUGAGGGGCACAAGUAUCUUGAGUAUAUUCUGGCUUUCAUGGUCACAGCACCUUCUGCAAAUUUAAAGUUCUCCAUUUGACUUGGUUUGUGCCUGUGCAAUUGGAUAGUGGAUACACAGUAACAGAUGCUUCCAUUUUGUUGCUCCAGGUUUACAGUAGGAAGUCUACCAUUUGAAUCUUCAGCACAUGUUUCGUCAAGUUGAAAAUCUUGGCUGAAAAUGCAGAAAAGCUGACGGUCUCUCCAGCUUGGCAGACGCAAUUAUCCAGCCACAAACCGUAUCCUUAGCAUCCAGCCACCACACUGGGCACACAAGGAACAGCUUGUAAAAUAGAUUCAACACUCAGGUUCUGACUAGGUCCAAGAUUGAACCAGAAUGCAGCUGAACAUGGCUUUCUGGCCUUGUCAAAAAAGAUAAUUGGUGCAUGUCUGAGUACUUCUACCAUUACUUUCAGAUGCAAAAUCUUUCAUCAACCAGUUACCCUGUUUCACCAAAUUACUCUUGAAAUUUCUAGUAAUAUGGCCAAGGACGUAGACAUAAUACGCGUGUAAAGUUUUAAGGAAGCAGAGACUCAAUUGAAAGAAAGGAAAAUGCAGAUUCUUUUAAAAUGGUA